AUGACUGAGUACAAACUGGUGGUGGUUGGAGCCGGUGGUGUUGGGAAAAGCACACUGACGAUCCAGCUAAUCCGGAACCACUUUGUAGAUGAGUAUGAUCCCACCAUAGAGGAUUCUUACCAAAAACAGGUGGUUAUAGAUGGUGAAACCUGUCUGUUGGAUAUACUGGAUACAGCUGGACAAGAGGAGUACAGUGCCAUGAGAUACCAACACAUGAGGACAGGCGAAAGCUUCCUUUGUGUGUUUGCCAUCAAUAAUAGCAAGUCAUUUGCAGAUAUGAACCUCUACAGGGAGCAGAUUAAGCAAGUUAAAGAUUCAGAUGAUGUACCUAUGCUGCUGGUAAGAAAUAAGUGUGAUUUGCCAACAAGGACAGUUGACACAAAACAAUCCCGUGAACUGGCUGAGAGUUACAGGAUUCCAUUCAUUGAAAACUCAGCCAAGACCAGAUAG